GAGGAGCUCGAUUCGAGGCGAUUCAAACGUCAAAUGAUUUGACAACUGUUGCGUGUUUCUAAAGUGACAGUUGUGUGCCAUGCCCAUUCUCCUAAAAGGCUGGUGCGGCUACUUAUUAUUAUUGACGAUUGGUUGUAACUGAGGUGACGCAUUUUAAGCAAGCGUGAAUGUCACAGCGACAUCUUAGGCGUAGAUCAAAUCUGGCAUUUCAUUUCAACGGCCUAGAUUGAAGAUGCGAUGAACGACUUAGAUUGAUCGCAUUUGAAUUCGAUGGUGAAGAUCGGAUUUGUCUUUCUAUAAAAGGAGGACUCUGAGGUUUUCUCAGGCUUUUUACCCUUGCGAAAUAAACAAUAUAUUUUGCUCUCAAGUCAUUAGCGAUUUCUGACGUUUUCUAAGCAAUUCUGGUAAGAAAAUUGAACUUUUGGCGACCUUACACCAUUUCCGGCUAGGAAAACCUUCAAACUCGUAAGUUUCAGUACCUUUUAGGGCUUUUAAAUAUUGAAAAAAGGGCCUUGGACGGGAGUUUUGGUUCGGGGAGGAGGUUAGAACUAGUGAGGAUGGACGAGCCCAUUGUGGCGACCUCCUCAGAAAUAGCCGAGGCAAUAAUAGGGAGAAAAAUAUAUGGAAGCAACCGGAUAGCCCAGCAGAUACUUCUGUGCAUUGCGGGGCAUUGGACUACCCAUCCAAAUUAAGAGAGGCCGACCUGGAGAGACUUAGGAUAGAGUAUAGGAUCCCUGAUAGCAUAGAUUUGAUCCUUCCCGAGCCGGAAGAGAGAGCCUGCUACCCUAAGCCGGGUUGUGUGGCCAUUAGCGAGGCGAUCCUUAGGGCCGGACAUAGGCUGUCAGUUCACCCAUUCUUUAGGAUGGUGCUUAGAUCCUAUGGGCUAGCCCCGACGCAACUCAAUACGAACUCCUGGAGCCAAAUGGUGGGCUCCUGGAUGUUGUGGAAAGAAGCGUCAUUAGGGGUGGAGAUGCCCCUCUCUGUCUUCCAGACCCUUUAUAUACCUAAGGUAACUAUCGGGAGGGAUAAGACCCGGGGAUGGUAUUGCCUUACUUCAUGGGGUUUCCACACUCCAUUCAUGCUCGAUCUGUCGAGCUCCAUCAAAGAAUGGAAGAGCUCGUGGUGUUGGGCCGCAGGGCGAUGAGACACGAUGGAGGGGAUCCCCUGGCACCUCUUACAGUCCCGACGAAGUACUCAACACUUAGUGCUCUUCCUCGGUGCGAACUGUCAUCCGAGGACUUUGAAAUCAUAUGUAUCAUUUAUCAGCUGACUCAAAAGAAGAGGUCUUACCAUAGGUUGAUCCGAAAGAACAUCCACUUCAUUACUCACGAUCUGAUGGCAUCCCAAGGUAAUUGGACUGAAGUCUUUACCCUUUAUUCUGAACUCUCAACACUUGUACUAAUUCAUCAUUCGCUCUUUCCAGACAACUUUAAUAAGAUGAUGUCGGUGCGCCCCGACUUUAAGACCAUCCAGAAGAUGAUGGCAGAGGCACAGGCGUUGAUGGCCUCCUCCUCUUACAAAAAGCAAAUGGAGGAUUUGGUGGAAGCCAGUAAGAGGCUUCAGCCUCCGACGGAGGAGGAGGUACCGGAGGACCUGGAGGCUGACCUUCAGAGGAAGGGCAAGAAGAGUGCCGCCCCUCCAAAACGUCCAACUGUAGCGAGGCCACCCCCUGCUCUGAGGCAAACCACAAUUCUCACCGGGGUGGCUACUCCAGAGAAGAGGCCCGCCCCACCUGAGCCUGCCACUACCCCGGCCACAACACCCCUCGCUACCGCGCCAAUUGAUCAAGUGCCAGGGCAGCAGAAGAGGAAGAGUCCCUGUCCCUCUAAGGAGGUCGACUUUCUGGGCACAAACUUGGAGGAGCCCGUAAGGGAAGUGUUGGAGGCUCUUCCUCCAGAAACAGCUGCGGUGGCGGUCGUCUGUAGCAAAUACUGGAUUGAGGAGUGGAGGGACCACACCGCCUUCUGCACAGCUGAGGAUUUGGUGGCUGUAAAUAGCGCCGGCGUGGCUCGGGCCCUGAGUACAAGCAUCCAACUUGAGGGCUUGAUGAAGGAUCUGAACUCCAAGUGGGAGGACCUCGCCAAGCGCCUUGAGGAGGCGAUGCACUACGGGGAUACCGUGCGAGUUGCCCAGACCAAGGCCACGCAGGUGGAGGAGGGGAAGAAGGAAGCUGAGGCCCAGCUAACUGCCGCCAAAGCAGAAGUGGAGCGACUGAAGAAGGAGUUGUACAAGGUGGAGUGCCAAGUGGCUGCUGUGACUCGGCGGCUUGAUCACGCCAAUGAGCACCACAAGGUCGAUAUCGAGGCUCUGGAGGCCUCCAACAAAGAGAAGGCGGAGCUGAGGCAGAAGGCAGAGGCUCAGUCAGAGGAGAUUGCCUCUUUGAAAGAGAAGUUGAAGUCUGUAGGGGAGGUGGCAGCUCAGAACUUCAUCGACCACUUUGAAGACCAUCCCUUGUAUGAUGACUUUGCCAAUUUUUGGGCCUCAUGGAGUGCCCAAAGCUUAUUGGGUCGAGUGAAGGAGGUGCACCCCACUUUGGACAUCUCUUCAUUGGAGGCAGAGUUCGGGAGGCCAACUGGAGGUCGACCUGAUAGGCUUGCUGAGGAAGCUCCGGAGGCCCCAGAGGCUACCGAUGUAGAAGUCCCUCCAGCAGAAUAGGGUUAUCUUUUGUAAUGGCUUCGGCCUCCUUGUACUUAAAUUUAUUUAAUGAAAUGAACUUUUUGCUAAGUAUUUGUGCUUCUGCUUUUUUUAUCUUUUCGAUCUGUUCAUACUUGUAUGAAUGACAAACGUCAGACUAAUUGCCUCGUAAUAGUAACCAGUUAAUAAUUGCGGAUCGGACCACUUAAGUUAAUAUAAGUUGAAUCACUUAAGCGAAUAUGAAGCGACUCUUAAUGCUAACCUGUUAACAAUAUGAGAUCGGACCACGUAAGUCAAUAUGAAGCGGACCACUUAAGCAAACAUGAAGAGCCCCUUAAUAAUUGAAGAUCGGAUCGCUUCCCAUUGAAGGACUGAGGAAUCUAUUUACUAAUUAAUGUGGCUCAGAACCAAAGUUUCAUUACUUGAGAUAAAUUACACCACCCUUUACCAAGGCGAUUCCAGCACGUAGUUAGGGAAUUUACAACUGAGAUCAGAUCAAAACAAUCGAUUCAUUAUACCAUAUUGAAAUCGGAUCGGAACAAAGGCU